AUGCCGGAUACGCCGUCGGAUGCGUUAUGGCGUAUCGCCGCUUUUGCCUUUAUCAUGCUUCUAUCCGGGCGUGAUCGUUGGUGGAUUGUGUUCAUUGUGUAUUCUAUCUACCGCCUUACUCGUACGGAGCUUUUCGAUCGAAUUCGACGGACAUUGAGAAGAGAUUUAUCGGGUAUCUAUCUUCUUGUGCGUGUGAAAUUGGAUAUUAAUCGGCGUUUCAAAGCGAAUCGCCCGAUACACGAGGUGUUUCUAGAACAGGUGCGGAAGCAUCCGCAAAAAUUAGCUUGUGUUGAAGUGGAAACGGGUCGGCAGAUCACUUAUGACGAGCUGAAUAGCCUCACGAAUAGAUAUGCCAAUUAUUUUGAUGUGAGUGACGGUUUUCUCAGUUAUAGCUGUAAGGUGGCUAGCCGUCAAGUGAACUCUAGCUCCGCAAUAUUGACCUGCCCGCACGCUGAUAAGACACGAUAUGCGGUCAACAACUUGUUUGCAAUUAUUAUGAACUAUAGAAAGUGGUACAUUGGCGACCACAGUCUAGGCUAUAAGAAAGGGGAUGUUGUAGCUUUAUAUAUGGAGAACUGUAUCGAUUUUUUCGCGCUGUGGCUAGGUUUAUCCAAGAUAGGAGUUGUGUCAGCGUUCAUCAAUUCGCAUCUUAAACUGGAACCAUUGGCCUAUUCGAUUAAUGUGGCUAAAUGUAGAGCUAUUAUAACGCGUUCAACACUUCUGCCU